AUGGCAAAAGAGAACAUGCCCCCUGCAAGUAAGCGCCAUAAGAAGACAGAGCAGUAUUCAAAAGUUGCUGUUACUUGCUCCAUAUCUCUCCAGCAAGUUUCCAAGGGAUUCGUUCCCUCUAACACUAGGUCAAAUACUGACUGGGCAGUGAAAUCAUUUCUAUACUGGGCAGAGUGGCGAAAAGAUGAUAAUGAUCCAGUGCCUAAGGACUUCUUUACAUUGUCUGAUUCUGUUGCUAUCAACAAGUGGUUGUCUCUUUUUAUCAUUGAAGUGCGCAAAAAAGAUGGUUCUCGAUUUCCUAAUUCAUCUCUCACUCUUCUCUUGUGUGGUAUUAAAAGAUAUAUGAAAGACCUUAACCCAGAUGUCCCUAAUUUCCUAGAUGAAGAGGACAGUCAGUUUAUUGGCCUCAGAGGAACUAGAGACACAGUUGCACGUGGUCUCAGAACAGAAGGUGUAGGUGCUUCCGUUAAGCACACUGCCGUCAUCACUCAAGACGAAGAAGAGAGUUUGUGGACAGAAGGUGUUCUAUAG